GAGAGACAAGCGAAGCGAGGAGCAAGUAGCCAGCCAGCUAGCCGACGAGGGCGACGAGCUAUUAUUGAUUGUUUUUCGUGAACGUCAUUGUAUUAGAGCUAUUGAUUGAUUGAUUGCUGAUCGCUUCCAGUUCCAGCAAUCCGUCGGAAUAUCUCUCCCCGAUCUCCUCUUCUUCUUAUCCACGCGCGGCACGACACGAGCAGCUUUUUGCCUGCGGCCGCUGCUGCUUCUGUGUGAGAUUGUUCGCUGGGGAUGGACGGCGGUGGCCAGGGCGUCGCGCGGCGGCACGGCGCGGUGGCGGAGGAGGAUCCCGACCGCCGCCGCGGCGACCGCUCGGGGAAAGAAGGUGACGACGACGGCGUCGACGUCGACGAGAAGGCGCCUCCGCCUCGCCGGACCAGCAGGCGGGUCGCGUCGCUCGACGUCUUCCGUGGCCUCACCGUCGCUCUGAUGAUACUGGUGGACGGCGCCGGCGGCGAGUGGCCGGUGAUAGGCCACGCGCCGUGGAACGGAUGCAACCUCGCCGACUUCGUCAUGCCCUUCUUCCUCUUCAUCGUUGGCAUGGCUAUUCCCCUCUCCCUCAAGAGGAUUCCAGACCGCGGUCGAGCUGUGAGGAGAGUAGUGCUCAGGACACUGAAGCUGCUUUUUUGGGGAAUUCUGUUGCAAGGCGGUUACUCCCAUGCCCCUGAUGAUUUGUCUUAUGGAGUUGACAUGAAGCACGUGAGAUGGUGUGGUAUUCUCCAAAGGAUUGCUCUUGCAUACUUGGUGGUUGCAGUUCUAGAGAUCGUAACGAAGAAUGCAAAGGUUCAGGACCAGUCAAGUUCGGGCUUCUCGAUUUUCAGGAUGUACUUCUCCCAGUGGAUUGUUGCAUGUUGCAUCCUUGUGAUCUACCUGUCCCUUGUAUAUGGGAUUUAUGUUCCUGACUGGGAUUUCAGAGUGUCAGAUGUUAAAAAUCCAAACUUCGGCAAAAUCUUGACGGUGACAUGUGGUACACGGGGAAAAUUAAGUCCUCCUUGCAAUGCUGUAGGUUAUAUUGACCGUAAAGUUCUUGGUAUCAAUCAUAUGUACCACAGGCCAGCAUGGAGGAGGCACAAGGACUGUACUGAUGAUUCCCCACAUGAGGGACCUUUUAAAACUGAUUCCCCGGCGUGGUGUUAUGCACCAUUUGAACCUGAAGGGUUACUAAGCUCACUGUCCGCGGUGUUGAGUACGAUCAUCGGGGUGCAUUAUGGGCAUGUGCUUGUUCAUAUGAAGAGCCACACGGACAGACUAAAGCAGUGGUCUAUCAUGGGCAUAACUCUCCUCAUUCUUGGGCUUACUCUGCACUUUUCACAUGCAAUUCCUUUGAACAAGCAACUGUACACCUUCAGUUAUAUCUGUGUUACUGCCGGUGCGGCUGGAAUCGUGUUCUGCAUGUUCUACUUCCUGGUUGACAUCCUGAAUCUGCACUACCCAUUCGCACCCCUGAAAUGGACCGGCAUGAACGCGAUGCUGGUGUACGUGAUGGCGGCGGCAGGCAUCUUCGAAGGGUUCUUGAACGGGUGGUACUACGAGGGCACCAACAACACACUGGUUUACUGGGUGAGGAAGCAUGUGUUCGUGAAGGUGUGGCAUUCCACCCGUGUGGGCAUCCUCCUCUACGUCCUCUUCGCGCAGAUCUUGUUCUGGGCCCUUGUCGCCGGCCUCCUCCACCGUGCUCGCCUCUACUGGAAGCUCUAGCACUGCACUGGUACACUACACUACACUACAGCGUUUACACAGGGGCUGUUCGGAUUGAUGUCAUUUUCAACCGAACUAUUUUUUUUAAAAUUACCAAAAAGAAGUGUUGCAUUUAGUUUGUUGCCAAACUUUGAUAAAUACAUAAGAAAUCCUACCAAAAUUUUGAUAACAUUGUUAACUUGUCAAAAUUUGGUAAGGUUUAUUUUCGCUACAAUCUGAAUAGCCUAGUCUUCAGAUUUCUCGUUGAUGGAAUUGUGCAUUUAGCCGUGAUUAAAAUUUGAAACCACAAGUGCAAUUGGGAUCUUGUGCAGUCUCAAUCCUGACUCCUAA